ACGCCUACUUACAAUCAUCAGUAUCGCACUGAAAUAUCAAUAGGCCAUAAAAAAAGAAGAACAACGAGGUUAAACGAGAUACACAGCUUCUUUCUCGAACGAGUUUCUUUCGGUAAAGUUUAUUCGUAUACGAAUAGAUCCGCGUUUAAAGAUAAUUGAGCGAAAGUGGAACGGCUUAAUUGGUCGUAACUAAUACGUGAUCUACGAGGUCAAUAAAACCAUUCUACAAAACUUUUCAAUCUCGCGAACGUCUUUACGACAUUGUUUAUUGUUGAUGGAGCAUUCGUCAACGAGAAGAAAUUUUAUUAAUACUUCAUUAACGUCUUGCAAUACGUCAUUAUUAAUCCAUACUAUUCUAGACUUUUCAUUAUGUGCUAUGAUAGUAUCAUUCAUUAGUUAUAUCAAUAAAACGAAAACUAUAAUCGUUCUAUUCUAUCGUAACCCACGAAUAUAUCGUUUGAACGUUUGAUAAAUCUUGAGUGCCGAUAGACGCGAACUUAUAUUAAGAUCAUAGAAUUAUUCCGUCAUGAUAUCAAUAACAAAGUUAUCACCGUUCAACGUCCGUUCUCUUUCUAUUUAUCGCCGAUAUGAAGAAAGUUUAAAACUGUUUCCAUCGGGCAUGCUGUGCGAUUCUAUAGAUUUAUUAUACCGAUUGACAAUAAAAAAUAUACAUCACUCGUAGGUGAUGCGAGUUUGGCUAUUACGUAGCAUUUACGUACCAUCGUCAUCGGAAGGAACGACUUUAGAGCAUCGACGGAGGAUCGACUAUCUGUUUGGAGUCUAAAAACGUCUGAGCAGCGUCGUGACGGUGGCAUACUGACGACAACGAUGAAGACGACAACGAUGAAGACGACAAGGAUGAUGGCGCCAAUAGCCAUCGAUGAGACGCUUAUAGUAUCGCGAGUAGCGCAUUGUUACGCAUCACAUAGUGUCGAGGUAGGUUGGGCUGUACAUCAUCCAAUGUCGAUCAUCGAGGCAAGUUAACAUGCAAGACCACAAGGAAACGAACGAGGGCGAACAAUUCGAGCAGGUUUAUAAGGUUCUCUGCCAUGAACGAAGCUUGAAGCAUCUGCCAACCGUUGAGGCUUAUCUCCGUGAGAAGCACUUGCGACUCUGCGCCGAUCAUGUACGACUCGAAGAAUGGUCACCUAUAAUAGGUAGCAUCGCGAGGAAUCGAGAUCUCGUGGAAAUUUUGAUCUAUAGCCGGUCGCGACGUAGAAAGGUGCGAGAGAAGAUUAAUAAUGAGGAAAAGCUCGAGACUUUGUGGCGAUACAGAGCAAAGGAGCAACAACAGCAACCGAUACUCUAUACGAAUUUCUUGCUACGUUGUUUGCUGAAUUCCAUCAUGAUCUGCACGAGAGAAUCUUCGGCGUUGAAGUCUCUCGUACUCGAUGGCAUUCCGCUUUCACCGAAAUAUUUGCGUAUAUUGUGCGACGGUUUCGUUGACAAUAUUACUUUAGAAAAUCUGUCUUUGCCGAAGUGUAGCAUCGGUGAUACAGGUUGCGACAUGUUGUUGAACGCUUUACAAGACGUUCCAAAUUUGAAGACUUUAAAUCUUUCUGCCUGCUGUUUGACAAGCAGAAGCGUCGGAUCGUUAUCUUUGUAUUUAAAGAAAAGAAAUGCGAAUAUUUCGGAAAAUGUUUGUAAGGACUUGAAUAUCGAAGAACGCAGGAAAAAGAAUUACGGAUUGCGUACACUCGUACUGAAUAAAAAUAACAAGUUGAACGAUAAUGGAAUACGACGAUUGAUGAACGUUUUGAAGAACGAUUUUUGGCUGAAAAUAUUAGGACUGAGGCAUUGUGGCAUCACUAAAAUUGGAGCUGAGAUUAUCUUCGAAGUUCUUCGAACGAAUGGAGUAUUAACGACGAUAGAUCUGAGGGAGAAUGAUAUACCGAGUGAAAUUUUACGAUCGAUCACGAAGAUAUUGAAACAAAAGAAAGGUGAAAAAGAGGAAUGGAUCUCGACGAGAAAGAAAUCGGAUCGGCGAUACGAAAGAGACGCAACGUUUCGUGAGAAAAGAUCGAAUCGUACGAAUACUGCCCGUCGAGUACUCAUCGAUAGAAAAACGACGGAGGAUUUCACAAUAUCUUCUCGCGAGAUGAAAGAUUCCGAUGAAUAUGAAUUCGAGGAUCUCUUUGAUUUCGAUAAUUUGGAUAAGUUCGAAGAGUCCAAAUUGAAUUUGCAAGAUUUGCAAUUGCGACUAUCGAAUCUAGUUUCGAGCAACGAGGCUUUGGAGAAAGAGAUAAAGAAAAAAGGAAUAUCAUUGGAGGAGGAGAAAAAUCGACGAAUCGAAGCUGAACAAACUUGCGAGAAGAUAAAAUCGUUGUUGGAGAGGUUUAAAGAUAAACUUAUCGUUCGAUCGUGGACUCGUUCCGAGGAGGACAGUGGAGAUAAUCAACCUUUCGACGGUCUUCGGGGAGUUCUUAGAAUUUUAGAAGGGUUUUCUACCGCCGAUGCUGCCGAUGUAAAUGAAGUUUCCGGCCGAAUGUCCAGCCACGGAGAGAGAACGAGAGAGAUCGUCCGAUGCCGAGAGUCCGUUAGAUAGAGCGAAAAAGUGAGAAUAAGAGAGGGAGAGAGGGAGAGAGAGAAAGAGAGAAAGAAAGCAUCGAUAGACAGAGAGGAAAGGAGAAAGAGGUAAAGUCUGAACUUGGUCGAUAAUCGUAAAAAAACUGAAGCUUUAACCAUUCGAUAGUAAAAGAGAAAGCAAUUAAUAAUAAUCACCCUUCGCAGCUUUUCUAACGUUUAAAAGCGAGUUUCUUAGUCUUUCGAUAGAUUUAUAAAGAAAUUUGCGAGACGAUUCGCAGAUAAAAAACUUCUCUGCUACGAUUUCUUCGAUAGAGUUCCUUCAAUGAUUUUAUACGACUAUAAAUCUCCUGUCGUUCAAGUAAUAAAAAAAAUCAUUAU